AUGGGCAGGUACCUCGUCGACGAGUCAGACUUCAUCUUAAACGACAUCUCUCGGUCGCGGAAUUGGCCAAUAUUUACGACCAGCGGCCCAGAAUGGCAACCUCCCCCGAGCUCACACCAUCUUCCUGUAUCUUCCGUUCAACAAGUACAAGCGCUCCUUCAGGGAAACUCCCGCGAGCUUCGUUGGAUUGGCAGGCGAAGCAUGAAGGGACCGGAAAGGCGCGGCCUUGGCAGUGGUAUGAAGGCCACCACUACGCCGUAUAACCCACCUCUAGUUACCCUUAUUCUUGUCCCAGUUGACACUUUCACUAAUUCCUGA